UAUAUGAAUCAUCACUCUGAUGGACAGCUAUGCUUGCGUGUGCAUCACGUGCGCAAUGACCGUUUGACCGCCAGACCCCAGCACUCUUAUUUCGGUAAUUAGCAUCUCUGUGGUCAUGAUGUAUUCUUUGCUACGUUUCAUUGAUGACUUGCUUGUCUGUUUGCUCUUUGGUUUAUGAGUCGAAAAAGCUUGCCGUCAGAAAGGCGCCCCCAACAUGCGGCUUUUCCAGCAGGUCUGUCUUUCCCUCGGGACGCAGUGACAUGAGAGCAGGACCUCGGUUCUGAUUAAGAAGGGGGAUGAACAGCUCUCCGCCUGGAUUACGGUUGCUCAGGCCUCCGACAGUGAUAGGCCAGUUUCACACACUGUUUUUUGGGUCAGUGCGUACAUUUUUCCUUGGAGUCCUUGGAUUCACCGUCUAUGGCAAUGAGGCCCUCCACUUCAGCUGUGAUCCAGACAAAAGGGAAAUAAACCUUUACUGUUACAACCAGUUCAGGCCUAUAACACCUCAGGUAUUCUGGGCGUUGCAGCUAGUCACUGUCUUGGUACCUGGAGCUGUGUUUCAUCUUUAUGCUGCCUGUAAAAAUAUAGACCAGGAAGAGAUCCUUGAGCGGCUAGUGUCCACAGUUUUCUACAUCAUCUCUGUCCUGUUGAGAAUAAUUCUGGAAGCCUUAGCAUUUUGGCUUCAGAGCCACCUUUUUGGGUUCCUGGUUGAUCCUAUUUAUAUGUGCGAUGUCAGUGCCCUUGCAAAGAUCUUCAACAUCUCGAAGUGUAUGGUCCCUGGACACUUUGAGAAGACUAUCUUCCUCAGUGCGAUGUACACCUUCACCAUCAUCACCAUCCUCCUCUGUAUCGCUGAGAUUUUUGAGAUUCUGUUCCGAAGACUGGGUUAUUUAAACCAGCCAGUGACUUGAGAAUUUAGAAAGUGUUUUGAGUGAUGCUUUAGCUGGCUCUCUGAAUGACAGACAGGACAUAAACCCACAAACCCACAUACCUCUGCAUGUUCUGGUGGUAGACACAGAAAUACAUGCUUUUUUUAAAACAAGACAACGUAUUAUUCCUUUUCUGGAAUAAUCAAAACAAAAUGAGCCUAAUUAAUGACAAGGGACUCAUUAAUCUUUUUAGAUUUUCAGAUUUCUUUUUAAACCUACAAAACACCUCCCCAGCAGGAGACACUCCUUUUUUUUUACUUGUGUAAUCUAAUCCAAACCCCACAUAAAUAUUUGGUAGGUAAUUAUUAUCGUUGCAAUAAUAUUUUCAGAAUUCAAUAUUGAAGUACUACACAAAUUGCAAGCAUCAGUUUAUAAAAACAUUAUUGAAAGCUCCAUGGUAUCUAAUUAGAAUCAUGCACAUAGAUAGAAUAUUCAUCAUGCUGCUGGUUUCCAUAUCUUGUGUUUGUAGUAUCUGUAUGUUUUUAUCAGGCAUCCAUCCAACUUUUGUUAUUAUUCUCAGCUAAGUGUUUCAUCUCAGGUACAAAUGGCAUACUCUGAUCUCUUUGUGUCAGCGGGUAACUAUUUAUUACAAGAAUACUAUUUAUGCAUAAAUGAAGCAUCUGAGGAGAUCUGGCAGCAGGUCUGGCCUGCACAUCUUCCCACUGUUGCCUUCCCACUGUUCAACACCACAGCUGUUUGAGUAAUAGCUUUUGUACUGUGUGUAGAGUUGAUCAUUUAUAUUGGUUUUUUGAUCAAUGUCUGUGGGAUUUAUGAUAUGAUUAUGCAUGAAAAUCUUUAUAUAGAUAUAACAAUUGGUGCAUAUUUUAUGACUGCCAUAAUGUAUUAUCAGUCUAGGUCAGAAUAAACAGAACUGCUUGUGA